AAGUUGAAAACAGAGUCUCUCUCUCUGUUUCUCUUGGAAGCUGCGUACUAAGCUGACCAAAGACCAUUCCUUUGUCUAAGUUGCUGCCAUUUACUUCUUAGGCCUUUUCAGCCAUUCUCUUGCAUAAGAAGUUUCAAAUUUUCUAACACCACCCCCCCAAAAAAAAAAAAAUCCAUUUUUUAUAGCCCUAUUGACUUUCUUCUCUGUUUUAGAUCUUUGCAUUUCUGUAGUUCCAAAUUCCAAAGCUAGUUUCUUGGUAGCACCCUCCUCAACCUCCUCUCACAAUGGCUGGUCGCUAUGACAGUAACCCUUUCGCCGAAGAAGAAACCGAAGUCAAUCCCUUCUCAGAUCCGGCUGUAAGGGGUAAAGCAUCAAGCCCGUCAAGUUAUAGCGGUGGCGCAUUUUACACUACAAAUCCUGGAAGUGUCGCCCCUGCCACCAAUUCAAGGCUCAAACCACUUAAUCCUGAACCUGCUGAUUAUAAUUAUUUUGGUGCGACCGUCGAUAUACCUCUUGAUGCAUCAACAGACUUGAAAAAGAAGGAAAAGGAACUUCAAGCCAAAGAGGCUGAAUUGAGAAGACGAGAACAGGAAGUCAGACGGAAAGAGGAAGCUGCUGCACGAGCUGGAAUUGUAAUUGAGGAGAAGAAUUGGCCACCAUUUUUCCCAAUCAUACAUCAUGAUAUUACAAACGAAAUUCCAGUUCAUCUUCAACGAAUGCAAUAUGUUGCAUUUAGCUCAUUGUUAGGUCUAGUGGCAUGCCUUUCUUGGAAUAUUAUAGCUGUCACUGCAGCUUGGAUCAAGGGAGAAGGUGUAAAAAUAUGGUUUCUUUCUAUUAUCUACUUCAUAGCAGGCGUUCCUGGAGCAUAUGUCCUAUGGUACCGCCCACUAUAUCGUGCUUUCAGGAAAGAUAGUGCUUUGAAUUUCGGAUGGUUCUUCAUGUUUUACAUAAUUCACAUUGGAUUCUGCAUCUUAGCUGCAGUUGCUCCUCCUAUAGUAUUCAAAGGAAAAUCCCUGACAGGCAUUCUGUCUGCCAUAGAUGUGAUUGGUGAUCAUACUUUGAUUGGAAUUUUCUACUUCAUUGGAUUCGGAUUUUUCUGCCUUGAAACGUUGGUCAGCAUCUGGGUUCUUCAGCAAGUGUAUAUGUACUUCCGCGGCAGCGGCCAAGCCGCCGAGAUGAAGCGGGAGGCUGCAAGAGGAGCAGUCAGAUCUGCAUUCUAAACACACACACACACACGGAUGAUAUAGGCCUUGUUUGCAUUUGGAUUCAUAUUGUAAAUUACUUAGCUGCAGAAAAUGAUUUGUGUGUUUUUUUUACACGUUGAUGAUGAUUGUUAAUUUGUUAGUGUUGUACUUAUAUAGUGGAAUAGAGCAAACAAACAUAAAGCCAUGGCUAUAAUUUAUUUCGAGUGAAUCCUAUAUAUGUAGUUUUGGUUUACCAUCAAUGGAUUGGUCUGGGUCGUGCAUUUUCUCCAUUUCACACCAACAUUUACUUC